GGAUAUAUUGUGUGCCUUGCUCUGAACCUAGCCAAACACUUGGGACUCUCCGGUCUCCACCAAGAACAAAUUUCUGGUGAAAAUGUUGCCCCACACUACGUAUUAAGCUCCAUCCAUAUAUAGCAUCAUCGCAUCAGGCAACACUGGCAGGAGAGAAAUCAUGAAUCCUGCAUAAAACCUCCAACAUUCCAGUUGCCAGCUCUAAAACCAACACCAUCAGCUGGAAGCCCACACAAACCAUAAAGAAUGCAUCCAUCCAGUUCAAUUCUACGUAUUCUGCAACGUGUAGAAUCAUAUGUAGCCACAAAUCUCUCAUCAUCGCAUUUGGAGGCAGCAAGGAUCAUUGAGGAGAAAUUUCUGAAGCUCCUUGGAUUUCUGUCCACGAAGCUUUCUACCAUGUCCAGAUGUGUGACACAAUUCAUCACACACUCUUUCUGGCGUCUGGUUUUCCAAAGCAAUCCUUUUGUAGUUCAACUCAUUUACUUCGUGGCAAUCUCCUUUGCUGGUUUUCUUGCUCUGAAGAGUCUCAACCCGCAUGGGAAGCCAGUUCCAAGGGAUUUUGACCUGAUGUUCACCUCUGUGUCCGCAGCGACUGUCUCAAGCAUGUCGACAAUUGAGAUGGAGGACUUAUCUGACCAGCAGCUCUGGGUUCUGAUCCUUCUGAUGCUAUUAGGAGGGGAAGUGUUCACCUCAAUGCUAGGGCUUCAUUUGAACAAUGCAAAGGCCAACAAAGAAGUGCUUUCCCAAAGAAGCUUGAGUUCAAUCAGGAGGGAAAUCGAGAUCAGCAUUUCUGCCAACAACAUAGAUCAGAUUGAUAUGGAAUGUGGCCAAUCAGAAGCUGUUAUAUCACACAACCAGGUACAGCAAACCAAAAGCACAAGACAUAGUUCUCGCACUAUCUUGGCCCACAUAGUGACAGGUUAUUUUUUAGCUAGUGUUGUGUGCAGCUCUGUAGUCAUUAUUAUUUACUUUUGGCUUAACUCAGAUGCAAGGCAAGUCCUACACAGUAAAGAUAUCAAAAUAUGCACCUUUGCCAUCUUCACAGCAGUGUCCUCAUUUGCAAACUGCGGGUUCACUCCACUAAACAGUAACAUGCAAGCUUUCACAAACAACUCCGUUCUUUUGCUUCUAGUGAUCCCCCAAAUUCUAGCAGGCAAUACUUUAUUUUCACCACUCCUAAGGUUAAGUGUGUGGGCCUUAGGGAAACUCAGCGGAGAACAAGAGUACACUCGCAUCCUUCAGCAUCCUGAGGAGACUGGAUACAAGCAUUUGCCCACACAGCGGAACUCUGUUUACAUCUUUCUCACAGUAACAGGGCUGAUUUUGUUGCAAGUUAUAUCUCUUUUCUCUUUUGAGCGGGGUUCAAAGGCCUUUGGAAGAAUGAACUGGUUUCAGAAAUUGGUAGGCUCAUUGUUUCAGAGUGUCAGUACAAGACAAGCCGGUGAAGCUGUCCUUGACAUCUCAACCUUCUCAUCACCAACUUUGUUGCUAUUUGCAAUAGUCAUGUACCUUCCUUCCAAUAUAUCAUUUCUCCCAAUCAAUAGUGAUAAACAGCCCUUGGCAGAUAAAAAACCGAGUCGAAGAGCAAUGUGGAAGGAUUUCAGCAUUACCAGCCCUGCAUGCCUCGCAUUAUUCACAUUUUUGGCAUGUAUAACUGAAAGGAAGUCAAUGUCUGCCGAUCCACUAAAUUUCAAUGUCUUCAGCAUGAUGUUUGAAGUGAUCAGCGCGUUUGGCAAUGUAGGGUACUCGCUAGGCUACAGUUGUGAGAAGAUGAUGAAACCUGAUGCCACAUGCAAAGCUGCUUCGUAUGGGUUUGUCGGCUGGUGGACCGACGAAGGAAAGCUGAUAAUUAUCCUGGUGAUGUUCGUCGGGAAGCUCAAGAAGUUCAUCAUCAAAGAGGAAAAAGAUUGACUGUGCACGCACAACACCACAUCAGAGGGUGGAGACUGCCCGAUUACAAGAAUCAUGAGGUAGUGGAUCGGCUAAAUCCAGAGCCUUGCCAUCUUGUGCAUCGCAUGGAGAAAGAUUGCCUGAGCAGCAAUUCCAUCAGUACAAAAAUGCAAGAGAUUCAUCAGAUAUUCAGAUGAAUGAAUGAAGAAAUCACAUGUGUCAAACUUGCAA